UCUCUCGUGACUUUUCUUUGUUUUCACUCAUUCUCCAAAGUAUCGGCAUCAUUUUAGGACCCCCUUAGCAGUGACAUCAGCCUUCACUCGACUUUCUCCGUCAUUCACUCGUUUCCUUCUUCUCUCUUCUUUGAUAUCCUUCAGUUUCACUCGUGACUGAUAAUUGUUUUGUCUUUGGAUCAUGGAAGGUAAGUUCUUUCUAUCUUCUAUGAACAUCUUGAAUUCAGCUUAAAUUGACUACCAGUAAAGUUUCCUUGUUGGUUUCUUUCUCUGAAGAUUUAUUUUCUGGAUUGACUCGCCUUGAUCCUUUUGUAUAAGCAAUGAUGUGCAAUUAGUGAGUUUUUGAAUUUGCUUGAUAGUGGAUCAAUGAUGGAGGAAAGAAAGUUGAAUUUCAAUGUGCCGCUUUUAUCAGUUAGGCGAUCUUCUAAUACAUCAUCUUCAAAUGGAGCAAAGGGGAAGAAAGUUGAAAACUCUCAGCUUAAUAGACGCCAUACUCUUCCUUCUCAUAAAUCAGAUUUCAAUUUAUAUCAAGUAACAGAACCAGUAGCUGUUCCUUUUCAUUGGGAACAUAUCCCGGGCAGACCCAAGAAUGAUAGAGUUCCUAAUCCUCAGGGCCUCAAGGAGGCUUCUGUUACUCCAAGGGGUCCUCCUCAAAGGGUAAUGGAUAUUGUAAAGAAUACUAAAGGUAAGAAACCUGAAGAUCAAGUUGUGUUUAGGCCUCAAAAUGAAGAAAAUUCGUUCAAGGAUAUUGUUGUGAGUGGAUUGAAUUGCAAAGAGGAGGGAGUGAAUGAGAAAGCAGGCUUGAAUUCAGAGAUUGAUGAUGAUGAUGAUGUUUACUCUGAUGCACUAGACACAAUGGCUCCCACGGAUUCAUUCUCCGUGAACUGUAGUGUAAGCGGUGUGAGUGGCUUUGAUAAUCAGGUUCUGAAGCGAUCAGGAACCUUCUCCACUGAUCCACAAACCCGAGAUUUCAUGAUGAGUCGCUUCUUGCCUGCUGCCAAGGCAAUGACAUUGGAGACACCUCAUUAUGCUUCAAGAAAGCAACCUGUGUCAGCUGAACAACCUAGGCAGAUUACGAAUGUUGUUCUUCCAGAUAGGACACCUCCUGUUAAACGAAAUGAAUCUUUGAAUGCCUUAUCUUAUCACCAGGAUAUAGAAGACGAAGAAAGUGAAAAUGAAUCUGAUGAGUAUGCAGAUUCUGGCAGUAUCUCAACCAAAGGUUGCGGUCUGCUCCCUCGGUUAUCCAUAAAGAAUUCUUUGUGCCUCUUAAAUCCUAUCGCUGGGAUGAAAGUUAGGACCCAGGCUUCCGUGUCUUCAACCCAUGAUGAUAUUAAAAGACUGAGUAAAGCGAUUUGUGCCAGGUCUCAGAGUCCAUCAGUAAAGAAGCCUGCCAAGGAUGCUGUUUAUAAACAAAAACUAGACAAUGAAGUUCAAUCGCCUAGGCUGGUUGGGGUUGAGAACAAGCCAAGUUGUGGAUCCAAUAGGUUCUCAUAUGCAAGCGACCGGCUAAUGAUAAGUCAGACAUCUCCUUUUAGGCGUUCAACUUCAAGGGGCAUUUCUCCUCGCCGCAAUCAAGCACCUCAAUCAUCUUUCUCUGGAGGGGGAUUUCCGGGCAUUCCUAAAGAAAUUGAGGAUUUGAAAACCAAUAAAUUGAAACGCUAUAGUAAAUCUCAGGAACUAGUAUCUUAUCGUGGGAUUAGACAGGGAUCUUGCCCAGUGAGCCCCACCGUUGAGAAGACAUUGUAUGUAGAUACUGUAAAUGUGGCCGGAUUACUAUGUUCAAAUUCAGGUUCCUCUAAAGUUCAGGAGGAGUGUAUGGACUCUGCAGAGAAGGAUCUGAAAUCUUUGUCAAAUAGCAGGGAAAUUCAAGAAAAUGCUGCUAUAGAAUGCUUUUCUGAAGAUACAAAAUGCUUGAAUUUUCCAGGGGGAAUGGGUAAACAGGAACAUAAGGGCUUGCAGUGUGGUGAUGCUGAUUUAUCUCUUCUCUCAGACAAUUUACCUCACAAAGGCGAAGCAGAAAGGAUUGAGGACUUAUCUCAGGCCUUAGUAUGUAUAAGAACUCACUUUGAAGGAAAUCAAGAUAUUGAAAGCGAUCAGAUUUCAAACAUUGAUUCAGAAAAUGCAAAAACCAGUUUAGUACAGAAUCUUCUUCCCCCACUUCAACCAAAAACUCCUUCUGAAUCUUGGCUUAGGCGAACUCUGCCAUCAAUUUCCUCUCAAAACCCAUCUUCGCAUUUAUACCGAGGCACCAAUUUGCAGAGUAAGAGGCAGGAUCUUAAGACAUCCUGUACUAGAUCCAAAUGGGAAAAUAUUGUAAAAUCAUCCUAUUUGCAUAGUGAUCAUGUACGGUAUUCUGAGGAAUUAUUUCCUCAUGCUUCUCAGCAAUCCAAAAGUUAGAGAUUUGAAGGUCUUUUCUACAGUCUCCAGCAUCAUUGCUUUCUUUGGAUUUUCUAUAAAACGAUCGAAUAUGGUUCAAAUCUUCCAGCCCCCCAUUUUUUUUACCUGGGUAGAUGAUCCUUCUAUUGCUGUUCAUUCUUCUGCGAUGGAAGGUGGAAUCUUGGUUCUUGUUUAAGUUCUGUAAAUAUACAUUGCCUUUAAUAAUCGCAUUUGUACGGGGCUGAGGCAAUUGAACAUUGAGAAUAUCACACCAUUAGAUUCCAUGUAAUUUCUGUUAAAUGUUUUCAGCAUCUCUUCUUGUCA